AUGGACAACAGCAAGGCUGGCAUAUACGAGACAAGCACGAUCACCGGUGACAAUGAGGCCCAGUUACCGACAGGCUCCAAGGCUGCAAUUCAGGAGGCUGAGGACAUCAGCACUGGGACCAACAGGCGACUGAGACUGAGGGCCGAUGCUCUAGUACUGCCGCUGCUCACCAUGGCAUCUGUCAUCGCAUUGCUGGACAAGGCAUGUAUACGUUUCAGCACUAAUGCCCUCGGAUUCGCCGCCAUCUUCGGCAUGAAGGAUGACGCUAACCUUCGAGGCCAACAGUACAGUUGGCUGGGUUCCAUUGUGUACUUCGGCUACAUGAUUGCCCAAUUCCCUCUGGGAUGGAUCCUGGUCAAGGUGCCGCUAGCCAAGCUUCUGGGAAGCAUCGUGAUGAUCUGGGGCGUCCUGGUGUGCUCCAUCGUGGCCUGCAACAGUUUUGCCUCGCUUGCUGCCAUCCGUUUCCUUCUCGGAUUCUUCGAGGCUGGCGUGGUACCAACCAACAUGAUCUUCAUGAGUCUCUGGUAUCGUCGCGAGGAGCAGCCUCUGCGGACAGCCAUCUGGUACAAUACCCUGGCUGGCGUGCUGGGUGGCAUCUUUGCCUUUGCCAUCGGUCGCCUGGAUAGCAGGUACCCUACGUGGAAGCUGAUAUUCCUCAUAUACGGUUCCGUCAGCCUGGUGCUGGGUGUUGCCAUUCUUCUGGUCCUGCCGGAUCAUCCUUCUCGAGCGUGGUUCUACAACGCCGACGACAAGAAGAACAUGGUCAUCCGCAUCAGUGCGAACCAGACAGGUAACAGGGCCAACAACAGGUUUGAGUGGAAGCAGGUCGUCGAAGCCGUGGUCGAUCUCCGCUUUUUCGUCUUGGCUAUCUAUGCUCUUGCCUGGGGCAUCGUCAACGCCGGAAUCACAAACUUCAAUCCCCUCAUCAUCUCAGGUUUUGGAUAUUCUGCGGAAAAGACAUCUCUACUGGCGUCGCCCCAAGCGGCGGUAGCGACCUUCUUCCCAAUUGUCUCGUCAAUUGUCGCUGACUUUGUCCUCAAUAUCCGCUGCUUGAUAUGGGUUCUCUCCACCCUGCCAGGAAUCAUUGGCGCUGUCCUCAUUCGCACUCUCGACCCAGUUUCACAGCGCGGCGGUGCACUCGCAGGUGUUUACUUGUUGGGUUUCUACAAUGUAUCUUGGGUCAUGGCCAUGUCCCUCGUUAUCUCGAAUAACGCCGGUGCCACCAAGAGAUCAUUUGCAUCUACGUCCAUGUCUAUGCUCUACGCCGUGGGUAACAUAAUCGGGCCUCAGCUCUUCCUUGACAGUCAGGCGCCCCAUUAUCCCCUUGGUCUCUACGCUAUGAUGACAGCAUUUGCUGUGCAGACUGUUUGUGGCAUAGCAUAUUUCCUCCUAUGCUUCAUUGAAAAUAAGAGGAGGGAUAGCAAAUAUGGCAAGGUGGAAACCCAGACAUUCACCAGACUUGAGACUGCUCAGAACGAUUUGACAGACGGCGAGAACAAGGCUUUCCGGUAUUGUUUGUAA